ACACAUUCUGAUAUUCAAACCCAAAUAUUAUCUCAAUCCACCCACCUCGGGGAAAAAAUGGCUGAUACACAAGGCCACCAGCAAUACCAGCAAUCCCAUCGUUUCCAAGCUGGCCAACAAGGCAUGCAGCAGCAGCACCAGAAGUCCUACCAAGUCGCCAAGGCGGCCACCGCUGUGACCGCGGGUGGGUCCCUUUUGGUGCUCUCUGGGCUGGUCCUUGCCGGCACGGUCAUAGCUUUGACCAUAGCCACCCCCCUGCUUGUCAUAUUCAGUCCGGUUCUUGUCCCGGCAGUGAUCACCCUGUCCCUCAUAACAAUGGGGUUCUUGACCUCCGGCGGGUUUAGUGUGGCGGCGGUGACGGUGUUGUCGUGGAUCUACCGGUACGUGACCGGGAAGCACCCACCUGACGUGGACCAGCUAGACUCGGCUCGUUACAAGCUGGCUGGGAAGGCGAGGGAGAUAAGGGACAGGGUUGAGCAGUACGGUCAACAGCAGACUUCUUAAACUGUGUACCACCAAAUACAUAUAUAUGUGUGUGUCCCUGUUGUUAGAUCCGGUGGUCAUGGAGUUUUAAGGAGAUCGUACGGCUACAAUAAUAAUAAACAUUGG